AAGCAUUGCCGCCAAACAUCUCUCUCUGUGACAAGCACAAAACAAUGAAACGCCGAUUCGAAGGCGGAUCAGGAGAAUCCGCGGAGGGGGAGAAUCCAAUUCCGGCCCAACCCACAAAGCUCCGAGACGCAGAUAAGAAUAAAGAAAAAAUUUCUGUUAAAGACUCUCCGACGACUCAUCUCACAAAAGUAGAGGCUGCUCAAGACUCUCAGAUUCAACUCCAGCUUGAGGAGAAGAAUACUCUUCCAUCUUUUCUCAAGGAGGACAAUAAUCCCACAUGCCUAGCCCGUCCUAAACUCAUAAUCAAGCCAGGCACAUUUUCCUCUAUGCCGUCUACUUGUCCAAUUUGCUCUGAGUAUGGACACUUUCCUGGUAUGUGCCCCUGGAGGAAACGGCUCCCAAAGGGCGUAACUCAGGUUGGCAAGGGCUAUGUAGUAAAGUGGGGGCGUGCUGUUUUCCUUGAGUGUGUUUAUUGUUAUGAGAUUGGUACCCACAUGCUUAAUGACUGCCCGCAUUUUAAAAAACUACUUGAGGAAAAUGGAGGGGAUGCGCCCUUGCACCCCUGUUUGCUCGAUGAUAUACCACUUGCUGAUUGCUGAAGCUGAGGACUGGGUGCAUGUGUGCUGCAACUUUUGCUGAGGAGGACUGGGUGCAUGUGUGCUGCAGCUUUUGAAUUACCGUUUCAUUUUAGUGCUCUAGGUUACAAAUAUGUUGUUGUGGACCCACGUAUGUCUUGGAAUAAUUAAGCUAGAUAGUUCCGUGUUUUCUGUGCUUAAUUUGGUUGUCCUUUGCAUAUACUCGCCUUGGAGAAUCAUCUGUGCAGCGCCUAUUAAUUUGGAUCGAUGUUUUGCUUUGAUUUGAUUUGCUUGAACUGGUGGUGUUUUUGCUUUAAGGGUGUGCGUGUGUUUUGAAUCGACAAUUGUAGUGAACGAUUCACAUACACCUUGCCCUCGAGCAGGCAAGCUUCUGCA